GCCCCCUGGCUUUCAAGUUCCAACAUCCCCUCUGUCAAGAUGUGGUUCCUCAAACUCUUUGCAGUGCUCAUGCUCAGCCUACUGCUCUUGGGCCAGGUAAAUGGCUCCCCAGUACCAGAACUGAGUGCUUCAAAGAUAAGGAUUCGAAGAAUGACACCGUUUUGGAGAGGAGUUUCCCUCAGGCCCAUUGGAGCUUCCUGUCGGGAUGAUUCUGAGUGCAUCACAAAACUAUGCAGAAAAAGACACUGUUCUCUAAGUGUGGCCCAGGAAUGAAGGACAGCCCAGGAACAGUGAACAGCACUCACGACAAUGCUCCGUUCUAUGGAAUAUUGACUAACCAUUCUAGAUGGAGACAAAGUGAAGCCGUCUUGUGUUUUUAAUAUUUAAAGACAGAUGUAUGCCUUAAAUUGGUCUCCGUUCCUUCUUAACAUGUUGAUAUGUAGAUAAACUUAACUAACUUUGUCA